AUGGAUUCCUCUCGUGUUUUUAAAUAUGCUGUUGGAGCUCACAAUGUGUUCCAGCUGGUGAAUGGAACUUUGUUCCAAAACUGUGUUAAGCCACCAGCAAAUGAGGCUCUCACUACUGGAGAAGACCACAUAGCGUUGGGGAGUCCAGGCAAAAAAUGGUACAUUUGUGGUGUGGGGAAGCACUGUGAAGGAGGUCAAAAGCUGGCUAUAGAAGUGAUGGGAAGUAUGGGUCCAGCACCUUCUCCAAACAGUGGUGUCAAAGCCAGCAUUUCUAAGCUUUCAAUGAUCAUCAUAUUUGCCAUAGUGAGCUUGGUGAUGAUCAGGGUUUAA